AUGAGGAAGAGGGAGAGGGAGAAUCCAUGUGGGGUUUGUGGCCACUAUCACAAAUACGAAGAAGGAGAGGUCUGUGGGGUUUGUGGCCAUCGAAUGCCGGAUUUAUCCGACAAAACUUCGAUCCCAGUUAGUGCCUUUCCUUCUGCGAUCGUGCCAGAGUUUCUCUAUUUGGGUAGCUACGAUAACGCUUCGCGCUCUGAGCUUCUCAAGACUCAGGGAAUCUCUCGUGUUCUAAACACGGUUCCAGCUUGUCAAAAUCUUUACAAGAACUCUUUCACUUAUCACUACCUCCAAGAUGACAAAAUUUUGCAAUUUGAGGAUGCAAAUCAAUUUUUAGAGCAGUGUGAAAGGGACAAAGCUCGUGUUUUAGUGCACUGCAUGUCAGGGAAAAAUAGGUCGCCGGCUAUUGUAAUAGCUUAUUUGAUGAAAUCCAGAGGAUGGAGACUUGCCCAGUGUUACCAGUGGGUGAAAGAACGGAGACCAUCUGUUGAAUUAAGUGAAGCUUACUACCGGCAACUGCAGGAGUAUGAGGAGAAGAUCUUUGGAUCAGCUGGUAGUGUCAACCCAACCUUGCCAGCCUUCCCACCGGUAGUAGCUGCACCUUCGUUCAGCUUUGGAUUCCCAAGAGUUAAUGAUUCAGUUCCUAUCCCUGCAUUUAACAAUGUUGGCACAACCUCCAUUUUUUCCCGGCCUGCCCUAGAUAUUCCUCCGCUGGAGUUUACAUUUGGAGCCAGCCAGGCUCGAAAUGACAUCUCCGGGAGCACUUUUGGUGCGAGUCCACCAAAUUCAAACACAAGUGAUAUUUCAAUGGAUAGUUCUUGA